AUGGCAGACAACGGCAUCUCCAACCGCAAAGUCUUCAAAGUCUUCAACCAAGACUUCAUAGUCGACGAGCGGUACACCGUCACCAAAGAGUUGGGCCAGGGCGCCUACGGCAUCGUCUGCGCCGCCACCAACAAUACCACGGCCGAGGGCGUCGCCAUCAAGAAAAUCACCAAUGUCUUCAGCAAGAAGAUCCUGGCCAAGCGCGCGCUGCGAGAGAUAAAACUGCUGCAGCAUUUCCGGGGGCAUAGGAAUAUCACGUGUUUGUAUGAUAUGGAUAUCCCCCGGCCGGAUAAUUUUAAUGAGACGUAUUUGUAUGAAGAACUCAUGGAAUGCGACCUAGCAGCCAUCAUCCGCUCCGGCCAACCCCUAACAGACGCCCACUUCCAAUCCUUCAUCUACCAGAUCCUCUGCGGCCUCAAAUACAUCCACAGCGCCAACGUCCUGCACCGCGACCUCAAACCGGGCAACUUACUCGUCAACGCCGACUGUGAGCUGAAGAUUGCCGAUUUCGGCUUGGCCCGCGGCUUCAGUGUGGAUCCUGAGGAGAAUGCGGGUUAUAUGACCGAGUAUGUGGCCACGAGAUGGUAUCGCGCGCCCGAGAUUAUGUUGAGUUUUCAGAGUUACACCAAGGCUAUCGACGUCUGGUCCGUCGGCUGCAUCCUCGCCGAACUCCUCGGCAGCAAACCUUUCUUCAAAGGCCGCGACUACGUCGACCAACUCAACCAGAUCCUCCACUACCUUGGCACCCCAUCCGAAUCCACCUUAUCCCGCAUCGGAUCCCCACGAGCCCAAGAAUACGUCCGCAACCUCCCUUACAUGAGCAAAGUCCCCUUCCAGCAACUCUUCCCCCGCGCCAACCCGGACGCCCUGGAUCUAUUGGACAGGAUGUUGGCGUUUGAUCCUUCCCAGCGGAUUGGGGUGGAGGAGGCGCUGGAACAUCGGUAUUUGUCUAUUUGGCACGACGCGAGCGAUGAGCCGGAUUGUCCGAUCCCGUUUGAUUUCGGCUUUGAGGUCGUGGAGGAGGUUCCCGAGAUGCGGGUGUUGAUUUUGGAUGAGGUGAGGCGCUUUCGCGCGGAGGUGAGGGCGCCGCAGGCCGUUAAGGGCUAUGGGCAGCCGGUUCCUCAGCAGCAGCAGCAGGGGUCGCAGCAGGGGCAGGGAAUGGGGCAGAGUCAGGUGCCGAUUCCGGAGGGGUAUGAUAGUAGGAUGUAUGAGGAUCCCCGGCCGCAGGAGAUGUUACAGCAGGGGCAGGGGGGUGGUAGGGGUGCGGCUGCGGGUGGUGGGAUGCAGGGGGUGGACUUGGAGAGGGAAUUGCAGGGGGGGUUGGAUGCGAUGAGGUAG